AUGGACAAGACAGUUUAUCUCAAAUGGUUCAUUGACAAGAGAUUUGAUGAUGAAAAAGUACGUCUACAGCACGGCCUGGUACUCAAAUGUCUCUCAUCUGAGAACCCCGAUCCUACAAGUCCUCGGAAGAGGGUGCCCCGAUGUGAGCCGACAACCUUUGAUUCCCUUAGAAUCGAAAUGUAUCCGCCGUUUAUUUCAAAGUCAAAACAUUCGGGAAAGGUAUCCCGGCAUGUAUUCGAAGCGAGAAGCAUUUUGCCCUGGAAAAUAUUAAGGUAUUCUCAAAUCAACUCAACCCCCACGAACAUCUCAUCCCUAUAUGGGGGCUAUGGGGACGUCCAGAAAAUUGUUAUUCACCCCUGGCAACAUGAUUUUCAUAAAGAUCUUGAAAAGAUGGGCGCCGAGUCAAGCUGCUUCGCUUUGAAGAGACUAUAUGCCUCUAAUGAGAAAGCAUUCGACCAAGAAGUACAACAGUUGGAGCGUUUUGGGGGGCGUCACCCCCAUAUUGUAACUCUCCUUUCGACAAUAAUCUUACAAUCUAGUCAGCCUACUUACCAGCUUCUGUUCCCUUUGGCGGAUUGUGACUUGCUAGGCUAUUGGGAACUAAGGCCUCAGCCGAAAGAUCAGGUAGCCCUGAGUUGGGUAGCAGAGCAGUUGUUUGGUAUGGCUGAUGCAUUGUCCUUCAUUCAUAAUCCUGGUUUAAAGGUUGGAGACAAAAGCCUAUACGGAAGGCACGGUGAUAUCAAGCCAGAGAACGUCUUGCUUUUCAAACGCAGAGAUCGGGACACCCUGGUUCUUUCGGAUUUGGGUUUGACGAUGACACAUGGUGAACAAAGUCGGUCAAAUAGACCUGGAGAAACAAUUCCUACAUCACCCAAUUAUAGGCCACCAGAAUGCGAUAUUGAUGGGAAAAAAGGUCACGUCUCCAGAGCUUUCGACAUCUGGACUCUAGGCUGCUUAUUUCUUGAGUUUUUGGUGUGGAUUUUUGACGGCUGGGAUGGAUAUAUCAAGUUUAAAGAACGGCUAUAUUCUCUUUAUAUUAACGGUAUGGUUACGUGUCUCUACUUUGAAAUCGUUCGUGUUGGAGAGAGAGACUUUGCCUUCAAGGUUAAAGACGUCAUUCAUGAGAGCAUGUUGAACUUGGUCGAAACACGCAUGUUACUGGUGAGAUCAAAAGAAGUCGACCGAAUUACCGCACAAGACCUUCGCAAUAAAUUGCAAGCCAUAAAGAAUGAUUGCAAGAGCAAAUCUUACUGCGUAGAUCCAUGCCCACGACCAAGUUUUAACCAGCCCCGAUUGCCGGUCAGAGCUCGACUCAAUAGCAUGGCGCAGCAAUACAUAGAUCGCGACCAUAUCAACUUCAAAGAUCAUCGAGGUGCGACGUCUUCUUUUGAGAAUAUUUAA